AUGCAAAAAGAAGCAGGCAUAUUUCAUGGAUUUGAAAGAUUUGACGAAUUUGUUAUGAGGAAUAUUGGUGUUGAGAUAUUUGCUGAAAGCAUUCUAAUCAAAUAUCCAGGAACUGUUCCAAAUCUUCCCAUUUCUAACCAUCUUAGUAUUCCUGAAAUUCUUUCAAUUUCACUAGAACAAAGUGAAAAUGGAAACCAGCUUAGCCAAGGAUAUUGCAAAAGAAAAAAGCAAUGGAAUAGCAUUAAUACAACCAGAAACAUAUUCCGAUCAGAGCAGUGGGCAAGGAUAUUCGAGAGAAUAGGUGAUGAAUACUCCUUAUUCCUGCUUGAGCACACAUGUAUUAUACAGAAAAUCGGUGAAAACAUGGUACUGCUAUGUGGAGACAUUAACAGUAUUCCGGAAAAGAGAAAGGAGCAGAGAUAUGUUCAACGAGAGCAGCUGUUUAGAGGAAGACCAUCGUCCCUACAUAUAUCUGUUGACGAGGCACUACAGGCCAUUAUGAAUGAUGUUGAGAUAUCUCGUGAUAAUUCAAGCAUUUUAGCUGAAAAAAUUAAAAAAAUGGUAAGAAAGUACCAGGAGUUACCGCUAAAAGCCAUUUUCAAGUCAUUCAUAAUAGAAAAACCAUUUGAUUCUGCAAGCCAACAUGCAGAUGAUGAUGGUAAAAGAUCAAGUAAAACGAAUAGUGGCGCAAGUAUAAUCGAAGAUCAGAUCAACCCCCAAACCAUAGCUGAUUUUCUCUUUCUAAUUUCUAAAAAGUUCCUAAGGCCAAUACUUAGUCUCAAAUCAUUCAAAACACUCAAAGGAAAACUUGUAUUGCUACUAAAAAGAAACGCAUUUGAGACGCUGAAUUCCGAAGAUCUAUCCAAUCGUUUCAAAAUGUCCAAUUUUAAAUUUUUUAAUCAUUGCAAAAACCUUUCUAACUCCACAAGGAUACAAGUCUUGAAGAAUCUAAUGCUUUUUCUCUUUAAUUCAGUAUUCUUGAAAAUUGUUGGGUAUUUUUUCUACUCAACAACAACCUCUUCUACAAAGCUUAAGAUUUACUACUUCACUCGGAUUAGUUGGAAUGGUAGGACCGACAAGUUCAUUCGCGAAUACUUAAAAGAGUUUGAGUGUUGUGAAAAGACAGGGAAUUUUGCAACCUUAAGGUGCAUUCCUAAGGAGGAUGGAUUUAGGAUAAUUACAAACUGCUCCAGGCUGACAAGCUAUGGCACAAAAAACCAUUUAAAGCAGACCAAACAAUCUACAAAGUCAAAACUAUCAAUUGAAAAGCUAUCAAGUAGAUAUCGGGACCUUGGUGAGAUAUUAAAAGACGAAAGCACGGCUAGUACUAGCAAGUGUCGGAAAAGGAUUGCCCAUAGAAUAGUUCCGAAUAGCCAAGCUUUCCCAAGGUUCAAUAGCAAUUCGAUUAACAGUCAAAUAUCCUCAAUAGUUCCCAUAAUAAGAAAGAUUGCAUCUGAUGCUAAUGGAUUUUCGCUUCUGUGUCAUUUUGAUGUUGGUAAAAGGCUAUUUCCAUUUCUUAAGUUCAGAAGCAAUAGAAUGAUAUUGGUGAAGGUUGAUCUAUCCAAGUGCUUUGACAACAUUCCACAUCCCAGCCUUAUGAGCUUUAUAAGCAAUAUGCUACGUAAAGAUGAGUAUUAUUUUCGCGAAUUCGGAGUGAUUAGAGAGAAUAAGCUGGGAAAUAAGGUUGAGAUAAAAUAUUUGAAGCACUCUCCCGAUGUUCUAUAUCCAAUGAAUAUGGUUGAGGCACAACCUGAAGGCUUGAACUAUCUUAGGCAAGAUGGAAUGUGUAUUUUAAAGGAAAAUAGAACCAAAGUUAUCAGUAAGACAGAUGUGUUAAAAAGAUCGUUGGUAUUAUUGAAAGCCCCACCAUUCUUCAUCAAAAUAGAUACUACAUGGGCACCAGGGGAAUACCCCAGGGCUGUUCGAUUUCGCCCUUACUGUGCUCCAUAUACUUUUCAGUCUUAG